CUCUAAUGGAAUACACAUGAUGAAGGUGUCUAUGAAUUAAGCACAGAUUGUUUUAGCUUGACUCUUGGACUGCACUGCACGACAGAAUGCAUUUUUCCGUUCCUGAUACGAUCGAGCGUAAGGACAAGAAUGGAUCCAAUUAUUUGGCUUACAAUGUACACAUCAAUGGCUCAUUUCACUGUGGUAUUAGAUUUUCAGAUCUUUACCAAUUCAAUGAACAAUUACGCAAAGAGUUUGGGCCAAGAAUUGUAGCAAAGUUCCCUCCAAGAAAGCUUCUGUCUUUGACACCAGCACAAGUAGAAGAAAGACGAGUUCACCUGGAGAGAUAUUUACAAUCAGUCUGUCAAGAUCCUGGGGUUGCUACUAGCUCUCUGUUCAUCAGUUUUUUCCUAAAUGCCCAAAAGGAAUCUUUAUCUGCUUCGCCGGAGAAUGUUCAACUUGAUGUUUACUUCAUGAAUGGACAAAAAGUUUCACUAAUGAUACAAUCCACCGACAGAACAGAUGAUAUACUAGAGGCAUUGAUGGCAGAGAUUAACCUCAAUGAAGACUUAGUGUACUACUUUGGGCUUUUUCUGAUUAAAAGAGCUGAUGAUGGAGAAGCAACAAUUGUUAGGAGAUUUCAGGAUUUUGAGGCACCCUUUUUGACCAUGAAGUCAGAAACUGGAACUUGCAGAGUGGCUGUCAGAAAAACGUUGUGGGAUCCAAAAAUAGAGGAAAAGAUUGUCAAAGAUAGGAUUGGAAUGAACUUGUUGUAUGUUCAGGCUGUCAGUGAUCUGGACAGAGGUUGGACAGUUGGCCCAAAGGAAGCACACUCAAAACUUGCAGAUCUCAAACAGAAAGGUGCCAAGCAAGAGUUUUUGCAACUUGCCAGGUCACUAAGAUUCUAUGGCUAUGUGCAGUUUAAACCCUGCACAACAAACUACCCCGAAGAAGACACAAGAGUUAUUAUCAGUGUUGGAAACAGAGAACUGAACUUUAGACUUCAAACACCUGGUCAUAAAAUCCAAGAAGGGAGCUUUAAAGUGACUAGAAUAAGAUGCUGGAGAAUAACAUCAACGAGUGAAAAGAAUGAAAAUGGAGAUAAAAAAGAACAUCUGGAACUCGCAUUUGAAUACCUCGUCAAAAAAGAUGAAAUGGAGUGGAUCACAAUUUACAGCAGUGAGGCAAUUCUUAUGAGCCUCUGUCUUCAGAGUAUUGUAGAUGAGAUACUCCGAAUGAAGCAAGGAAGACCUGUGAAAAAGCCAAAAGAUCGUGCUAAACUCAAACAGGAAGCUUCCCCCAAUUUUGAGCGACAAAAUUCUGUGACAUCAGAUGCAUCUAUAGAGGGUGAUGGUGAACAAGAAAAUAAAGCUGUGGACAACUCUUCACCUCCGUUGCCAAGUCCAAAAACUCCCCAGAAACAAAGUACACCAGGGAAGAAAACAUCAAAACAGUCAUCGAACAAAGGUCUAUCACCAAAACCAGCAACUCUUCCAACAAAUAAUGCUGCCAUGACAACAAACAAAGUUUUUGAGGGAAUUGGAGAUGAUGACCUCUGAACUCUGAUUUGGUUUGAAGGUCACAUGGCUCUAGUGAUCACUUGCAUCAUAGUCAAAGAAACCUGGGCUUUUG